AUGGACCGUCGUAUAUUGCGAUGUAAGCCGCGUGUAUGCUACAGUGAAGUAGAAGAACCUAGCCUUGAUGAAUAUGUUUUUUGUGAAAAAUGUGCGGACUUCGUCUACGAAUACUGCUCUAUACAUGGAGCCCUGCUGGUUAUACCGGACGACAAAGUACCUGCAAAGACUUCAUUCCCAGACUUCGUCCCGCGCGCGGCGCUCACCAUACCGCGAGUGUUUCUGCACAUAGCGCCAUCUAUUAUCCCGGGAGCAGGGUUGGGAGUGUUCUCUACGCUAACCCUACCAAGUGGGGUCCGCUUCGGCCCCUACCGCGGGAAGCGGGUGAAAGACAUCGAGUCUUCUUACUGCUGGCAGAUCCGCGACAGCAACAACAAAUGGUCGUACGCGCUAGACGCGUCUGACCCAAACGAUUCCAACUGGAUGCGCUACGUGAACUGCUCGCGACACUGGCUCGAACAGAACCUCAUCGCUUACCAGUACCAGGGACAGCUGUACUACAGGACUAUAAAAAUAAUACCAAGAUUCACCGAGCUCCUAGUUUUCUAUGGGGCCGAGUUCGCCGCGUCUCUCCACAUCGACCUACGCAACUACAACUCGCCAGCGAGCUAUGUGCAGAAAUUCGGUAAAUAUUGCAUUUAUGCAAACACGAAUUUUUAA